GCCUCCGUAGCCUUUGGCUCAAGCCGUGUCUGGUCCAGAGAGCCGGGAUCUGCCCCAGGGGCGCCGCGCCCGCCCCGUGCCAAGAGCGCGCGGUCCGACCCCAACCCCAGCGAGGGCCCAUGCUUGCCCUCGCGGCGGCCCUCGCUGCCGCCGCCUCCGCCGUGGGAGCCCUCGGCGCCGCAGGCCCCCACGCCGGGGGCCCAGGCGCCGACCGCCUGUGCAGCCUCGGAGCCAGGCUGGCGAACCACAGCGCCGGCGCGGGGCGGACGUGGGCCAACCGCGUGCCUGGCAGCCCGCCCGGCGUGCAGCUGGUCCAGCUCGGGGCGCAGCUCGCGCAUCGCAGCCUCCGGGCAUCGGCGGCGUGCGCCUCCGGGUCGCGGUGCGAGGUGCCCGCCGGCGCCGCGUGGGUGCUGGACGCCAGCAUCGACGUCGAGUCGCUCACCAUUCGAGGGGAGCUGAGGUGGGAUACGGCGAAGGACGGGCUGGAACUGCGCGCCUGCCACGUCAUGGUGGAGGACGGAGGCCUGCUCGAGAUAGGCACCGCGGACGCGCCGAUGGAGCUGAGGGCCACCAUCUACAUCAAGCAGUGCGGGUCGCUCUCCGGACCCAUGGGCAGCCGCUUCGUCGGCAGCAGGGGCAGCUCCCGCAUCGAGAUACACGGCCGCCCCCUGGCGCGCACGAUGUCCCUGCUCUCCAGCGGUGCCGCCCAGGGCUCCUCGCAGCUGGCCCUGAAGCACGACCCGGGAGACAUGGGCUGGCGCGUCGGGGACCGCGUCGGCGUGGCCACCACGCGGGCCCGCCAGAGCGACUCCAGCGAGCACACCAUCGUGGAGCUGCUGCCCUCUGGGCUCCGCGUGUCGCCACCGCUCCAGGCCGCGCGGAUGGGCGGCAUGAAGGACGUCGAGGGGCAGCAGUUCGAGCUCGCCGCCGAGGUGGUGAACAUGGAGCGCUCCGUGCUCAUCACCGGGGACCACCAGGACUUCCUCGCCACGCGCCAAGGACUGCACGUGAUGAUGGGGCCAGGCAGUGUGGGCGUGGUGCGUCACGCGAGGGUGGAGUACUGCGGCCAGAACGGCAUCAAGGGCCGCUACUGUCUGCACUUCCACUUGCUGGGGCAGUGCCCAGAGUGCAUCUUCCAGGGCAACGCCAUUGUCGAGUCCUUCCAGUCGGGCAUCACCAUUCAUGGGACCCACCGGACCACUGUCGACUCCAACGUCCUCUGGAUGAACAGAGGGGUCGGGAUCUACACGGAGGACGGGAACGAGAUGAACAACACGAUCAGCCACAACACAAUCAUAUGCCCUUACUGGGACGAUUCAAAGCGCAGCGGGGGCCCCAGCGGUCCUUACUGCAUCGUAAAGGGCGCGAACGCAGGUGAGGGCGUGGGCAUCUACAUGGUUGGUGUGACUAACGACGUUAUCGGCAACCACAUUGUCGGUCAUCAGCACGGUCUCUUCACACCGGGCGGCCUCCACCACCUUGGCGAGGGGGAAGCACAUGGGAAGGUCUGCCCGAGGCACCUUCCAUACGGGAUCAUGCGCGGGAACGUCAAUCACGACAACUCCUACUUCGGCAUCUACCCAGACAACCAGUUCCCGCGGAACGUGGGCCCCCGUGACGAGAACGGCUACGUCAUCGACAUGCAGAGGUGCUGGCAGGAACUCACGCCCGAUGGCAGGGACAACGGGGUGGUCCCAGCGUCCGUGGUGGAGGACUGCCUGGACUACCACAACGAUUUCGUUGGCCAGUACACGGCCGGCGACAUCAUGUACCUGCGCUUCAGAGCGGUCGAUUGCAACACGGGCAUGUACUGGAAGCGGUCGAAGAACUUCGCCGACCCGAACGCCGUUCACAUCCGCGACUCCGUCUUCGCGGACACCACCGCUCGGCUUCCCGGGGGGGCGUUCACCUUCACCAUGGAGGGCGUGACCCUGGCUGGACGGGCGCAGCUCCACUCCCCCCAGCACUGCUUCGGCAGCCCCGACCUGGGCGGCCCCCUCCAGGGCAUGACCUGCAACGUGCAGAACCACCUGGUGGGCCUGGACUCCACGACGCACAUGUACGGCUGGGUCAGGGACAGUGGCGCGCAGGUGAUCAACUUCGGCAGCAGCGGCGGCGAUCCGGUCCGGAUCCUGUGGGUGGCGGCCGACGAGUCUUUGGAUGGCUACGGAGCGAUUGUCAGCCCGCACCUGAACGGCUUCGCGCUCGUGCCUGGAUGCCAGGGCCCCCUCGGCAAGUGGGGUGGAGGUUUUGGCUGCGCGAAGACCACUCCGGUUCGCCGCUUGAACAUAUUCGGUCCCAAUUUCGGGCGCAUCACCAUUCGCGGUCCUGGCUAUGAAGGUGUCAGUCGUGACGACUCUGAGCCUACAUUCGGCAUGAACGUUGGCAGCCUCUGGUGGAACCCCCCCUUCCACGACCCCAGCCGCACGUGGAACAAUCAGGGCAGCUAUGCGGCCCCUGUGGUUGCUGGGGCCAGCUACACUGUGGAAGGUCUUAGGUGGCUGCCAGACGCUGGCCAGCCUGGCGACAUCAUCGUCGAGUUCUCAGACCCCCAUGCGUCGCAGAGCUUGGGCAACGCCGCCGAGGCCGUGACCCUCACCCUGGUCACCGACCGCGGCCAAGUCUCCUGCAUAGCCGCCGCGGACUCAGACCGGCGCUUCUUUGCCAGCGGCCAGACAGGGCCCGAGACGGGGGCAGCCUUGGGAGACUGCGGGCAGAAAUUCCGUUGGUUGGCUGGGCAGGCUGAGGCUACCACUCUGGAGCGGGCCCACCGACGACGCCGGCGCCAGUACGUUCCGGUGCAGCACGGCGCUGUGGAGCCCACAUUGCCAGAAGGGGGGUGCGACGCGCCUUGCAACUACAAUGGUGGCUCGCAUUCGUGCCGCGGUCGCAUCAGCUGGCUGGUCGAGCACGGUGGCAAGAGUGCGGCGGCGGCCACGAGCCAGGUCAACGAGGAGUGCAGCGGGCAGUGCUCUUGCCAGGCCUCCGACUUCGCCGAGCCCCACAGGCGAGUGCGACGCGCAGUGCGAGUACAGCGGUAACAUGAUGUACGGUGGUUCCGACUCGUGCCGGAACCGUGUCGACUGGAUCCUGAGCAACGGGCAGCCGGUGCAGCUGUCGUACGAGAUCGUCAACGAGGCUUGCGCCGGCCAGUGUGCGUGCGCACUUCCGGCCGCAUCUACGCCAGCACCGACUUCGGGCACUACGCUGGUGCCCAUGGUGCCACCUACGUCGGGUGGAGGCUGCGACGCGCCUUGCAACUACAAUGGUGGCUCGCAUUCGUGCCGCGGUCGCAUCAGCUGGCUGGUCGAGCACGGCGGCAAGAGUGCGGCGGCGGCCACGAGCCAGGUCAACGAGGAGUGCACCGGGCAGUGCUCAUGCCAGGCGCCGUCGCCGAGCCCCACAGGCGAGUGCGACGCGCAGUGCGAGUACAGCGGGAACAUGAUGUACGGUGGUUCCGACUCGUGCCGGAACCGUGUCGACUGGAUCCUGAGCAACGGGCAGCCGGUGCAGCUGUCGUACGAGAUCGUCAACGAGGCCUGCGCCGGCCAGUGUGCGUGCGCGCCUCCGCGGUAGCGCUGGCCAGGCACAGGCGGGGUAGGCCGAGCGGGGCAGGCCGACGGCAGGUCGGGUGCGGCGCAGGCCGGUGGGCAGGUGGGGCCCUGGCGCGGGAGCCACCGCGGUGCGCGCGCCCCCGCUAUAUAUCACGUCAAGGGGGUGCGCCGCACAGAUCCGCGCGUGGCUCUGCAGGGCCCGCCCCGCCGCCACAUGCGCGGCAGGGCCCCAUGGCGCGCUGCACGGGCUGCGCGGCCGCGCCGCGAAGGCGGGCUAGCUGCGGCGAAGCCCACAGAGGGCAGCCCAUCUGCCUUUGCCAGAUGCUGAUGAGCACCAUCCUUUACAGUUGAGUUGUUGGUGUGUGCUGGACUGGCGCCUCGUACAGCCCUGCGAGCUCGUACAGCCCUGUUGCGCAGAGCCCCCGCGCGGCGACCUCCGAGACGGGGGACGUGCGCUUUGCGCGGGGUGGAGGUUGCCUUAGUCGGUAUACGAGCUGGCUGGGAACGAGUAUGCCAGAAUAUCUUCGCGGUCGAGAAAAUCAUGUUCGCCAGCAUGGACCCCAAACUGUGAUAUCCUGCCUUUGAGUGUGCACGCUAUAUGGUGCAAGCCUUGAAGUGCAAGUUGUGUGCUUUCGACAUGCGCCCAAGUGUGAUCAGCAUGGUCUCCUUUGACAGACUGGCAAACACUACUUCCCC